AUGCCAAAACAAGAGUUCGGCUACGAAGAUUUGAUGGGCGUUUUGGCGGUUUGGUGUGUGUUUUUUGCCGUAAUUGGUGUCAUCACUGUGACUUGUAUCAAUUUCUGUUGUAUUAAUGAAUAUGAUGAUGUGACGGUUUUGGAAAAAGUGAGUUUUUUUGGGGGGAAAAUUGAAAAAUGUACAAAUAUUUGCCUUUUUAAGUGAGGAAAUGUAUCCAUUUUGAUUGGAUUGCCAAAAAAUGUAUUGAAUUACAAAUUGAAUUGAUUGAGUCAAUAAAAAUUCGGCCAAAAAAUUUUUUCAUGAAAAAUCAGAAAAUAUUUUGGAAUAAAAAGAAGCAAAAAUUAAUCAUUUUCCGAUGCAGGAAAAUAUCGAAAAAACAAAAAUUUAGAAUAUUAUUUCUGAUUAGAGACUACGGAAUAUCGAGAGAGUCUAGGCAACAAAUGUGUUGUCUGAACUCUCUCAAUUUCACGUUGUAUCUAAAAAAUUUAAUUUUCGAUCUAUAACCAAUUUUCUGAAAAUUGCCAUCCAAAAAAUUCCCAUUUUCUUCCAGUGGGGUCACAAGAAACGUCUCGGCGUCCGUCUCGGAAUCCACAAGCGUGCCGUCAUUCAAAGAACUGUCGACAUGGAAAAAUUCAAAGCCGACAUCAAGUAA